AUGGACGGGGCCCUCUUCUCCAAAUCUCCAGGGUCUGGCAUUGAGCCUGGUGCAUUGAGUCCUUGUAGAGUAAUUUGUUGGCUAUUUGGUGGUGCAGUCAGGAAUCUUGGAAGCCCAGGACAUGUAGCUAAGUGGCUUCAGUCACUCCAGGAGCAGAGAUACACCGGGACGAUGGCAAUGACUGAGAGGGGCCAUGGGAGGAACGUGAGAGGGCUCCAGACCAAAGCCACUUUUGACCUGUCUGCACAGGAGUGUGUGAUCCACACACUGUGUGAAGAUGCUGAGAUGUACACGGGAAAUGCCAUGUAUGGAAACUACGCCAUGGUCUUCACCCAGCUCGUUGUACAUGGAAGGUCUCAAGGGCCCCACUGCUUCAUCGCUCCUGUCUGCAAUGAAAACGGAAGCUUGUACCCAGGAGUGACUAUGGUUGAUAUGACGUACAAAGAAAGUCUGCAUGGUGUGGUUAAUGGGAUUUUAAUAUUUGACAAGGUUCAGGUACCAAGGGACCACCUGCUGGAUAAGUUCGGUUCCAUGGCUCCAGAUGGGCAGUGUCAUUCCCCUACUAAGAACAAGAAUGAAAGAUUCAGUGCGAUGCUGGCAGCACUGACCCCUUCGAGACUGGCUAUGACUUUCCAGGCUGUAGGCACCAUGCAGGUAGGGCUGAACCUAAAGAUCCAGCACAGUCACAGCUGGAGGUAGCUUGGACCCAAAGAGAAGGAAGAGGUCAAGAUCAUUGAUUACCAAAUGCAGAGCCUUCAGCUGAUGCCUAACCUGGCCACAACCUUGGCCCUGAUCUUCACCAGAAGGGCCUGUGCCUGCACACUGGCCUCUGAAUAUCAACACUGGAAGAUACCGGUCCCCGGCUCACUGGCGUCAGCAUUGGUCUCCACAGCAGAAUUGGGGCCCCUUCCACUGGGGCCGCUCCAGGAGAGCUUGCUCCGCUCAGCCCCCAGCCAAUCCGUUUCUCCCCAGCAUGCUCCAGCAUCCCAUGGGGGAGAGCAGCACUGGCUGAAGCAGAGUAAAGAAACAUCUGUACAAAACUGGAGCAGGAUGAAGUCUCAGGAGAGAUCCAUGGCCCGGCCUGAUGAACUGGGCACCACAGCUUUAGAAUUCAAGUCCUUUGAGAAGAUGGCCGCAUGGCCCCAGGCAAGCCCUGGUGAGUCCAGAGCCUUCAGAACAGUCACGCAGUUUUACUUGAUCCUCGAAUUGGAAGAGGAGCUCAAAGCUGAGUUUUACCACCUGGAAGAGAAAUCAGCAAUAUUGCAUUCGGAGAACCGCUGUGAGGGUUACCUGGUGGAAAACGGAAUCUCAGACUUAAAAUGUGACAUGGAUGUGUUCGUAACUUUUGAAGGUGACAAUGUUGUUAGGCUGCAGUUUAUGAUGCUGGAACUGCUGGCUCAAAACACCGAGCAGUAUGAAGAAGGGCCACUUGUUAGCCUGCUCUGAAACUGGGCUGGGUCUCUGGGCGACAAGCUCAGAACCAGUUUCCUGGCAUUUAACAUGGACACAGUUGGUAACUCACCUUUCUGUUGAAAGCAGUGAAUUUUCGUUGAAAGUGUUCUUCAUCGGGGUUUGUUGGCCAGAACACACUAUAAGGUGGUGACUGAGAAGGAGGACUUCUUCCGUGCCUGGAACUCAUGUCUGCGUCAUGGCGCCUGCCUGUCUCCAGCGCACAUUCACAGGGUUACUUUGGAGCAGCACUCCCUGGCAGUGAGGCAUUGUCCUGAAGAGGACCAGGCUCUGUUAAUGAAGUAUAGCCUGUUGUAUGGAACCAAGCUGGUGUUCCAGGAGUGAGCCUGGCACCUAGAAUGUAAACAUUUGACUUCCACAGUGGGCACAAAGUUUAGGAGUCAGAGUUUAAGUGACAAGGAAAUGAUUCUCUGUGCGUGA